AUGACACCUCGACCUCCACUCUCGAACCUUGCGCUGAACGGAACGGAGAAGGGGCGUAGACGUCUUUCCAUACCCGUGCAUCCCCUGGUCGAAGUUUCCGAAUACAUGCCAAAGUCCAACGUCUCAUAUUGUUCACAAGGACGGUUGUCGCUAUUGUUCCUUUGCAUGGUCUAUCUGACCGUUGACCUCGAGAGUAGGAUCAAACGUCCGGCGUGUCUCUACGCGGCCGAAAUUCAUGCCAGUUGGUGCCACAUUGCUUGGAGUCCAGAGUAA